CUGCACUGACAUACAGAGAGCUGGCUGGUUUAUCGUUCCCCUCAGACAAGAUAGACCUGCUAUAUUUUUAUACAACCAGACAAGCGGUAUUAUGUCGGAUUUCGAGGAAUUUGAGAAACAGCUGAGCGAGAAUCGACAGGAGAGAGAAAGAGAAAGACACAAAAAGAGGAGUCGCAGUGGAUCUCCCGGCCGAGGCGACAAGCAUCGCAGCUGGAGCAAGGACCGAGGGAGUCGCAGCCGAGAGAAGAGAAGCCGCAGCCGAGAUCGCAAGAGCCGGGACCGCAGGAGCUCCUCCCGAGACCACAAGAAGCACAGCCACUCUCCCAGGCGAACAAGGAAGAAAAGGACAUGCAAAUAUUGGGAUGUGCCUCCUCCUGGCUUUGAACACAUCACACCAAUGCAAUAUAAAGCUAUGCAAGCGGCCGGGCAGAUACCAACAAUAGCUCUGCUGGCGACGUCCACCACCACUGGAGUGGCUGCAGCUCCAACACAAGUGCCCAUAGUUGGCAGUCAGAUGACAAGACAAGCCAGACGCCUUUAUGUUGGAAAUAUUCCCUUUGGAGUAACUGAAGAGUCCAUGGCAGAGUUCUUCAACGCCCAGAUGAGGCUUGCAGGCCUUUCACAAGCUCCCAGCAACCCUGUGCUCGCUGUGCAGAUUAAUCAGGACAAAAACUUCGCUUUCCUUGAGUUUCGGUCUGUGGAUGAGACGACGCAGGCGAUGGCCUUUGAUGGAAUCAUUUUUCAAGGCCAAUCCCUGAAGAUUAGAAGACCUCACGACUAUCGGCCUUUACCUGGUAUCUCAGAGCAGCCGGCUUUCCACGUCCCAGGCGUCGUCUCCACAGUCGUUCCCGAUUCCCCCCACAAACUGUUUAUAGGAGGCCUGCCGAACUACCUUAACGAUGACCAGGUAAAGGAGCUCUUGACAUCGUUUGGGCCUCUCAAAGCGUUCAAUCUUGUGAAGGACAGUGCCACGUCACUGUCAAAAGGUUACGCCUUUUGCGAAUACGUAGACAUCAGCGCCACUGAUCAGGCAGUUGCUGGGCUCAAUGGGAUGCAACUGGGCGACAAAAAGCUGAUAGUCCAAAGGGCGAGUGUGGGAGCUAAAAACGCCAAUCCUACCUCCAUCAUAGAGACCCCGGUGACGCUGCAGGUCCCAGGGCUUCAGAGGCUGCAGAACUCUGGCAUGCCCACUGAGGUGCUGUGCCUUCUCAACAUGGUGAUGCCCGAGGAGCUGGUGGAUGACGAGGACUACGAGGAGAUCCUGGAAGACAUCCGUGAAGAGUGCUGCAAGUACGGCAGCGUCCGCUCCAUUGAGAUUCCCCGACCCGUUGAUGGUGUGGAAGUCCCCGGCUGUGGAAAGAUCUUUGUGGAGUAUGUGUCUGCAGCAGACUGUCAGAAAGCCAUGCAAGCUCUCACCGGCCGUAAGUUUGCCAACAGAGUGGUGGUCACCAAAUACUACGAUCCAGACAUGUAUCACAGACACGAGUUUUGAAAGCACAGACCAGUCCUCCUUUCUGUUGGUGAGCUUGGGUUCAGUCAGUUUCUUUACUCCUCUGAAUGUCGUGAACACGUCCAAGAAAAGACUUGUUUUAUUACGUCUUCUACUUAACAAAAUUGGACUGCAGUGUGUGUCUUUUCACCGAAUAUCUAACUCCCAGCUUUAGCUUUAACACCCACACAGUGAACUGAUCUCAUUAUGAAUUCAAGAAAUACUGUAGUAUCCUUUACAUCUGUAGUAGAAUGAAUGUGACAUAUAUCUUAUCUAAACUAAUACUGCCUGACAAUGCCAGAGUAGCUGUCGUAUGAAGUAUGCACUAUGUGAGAAAAAAAACAGUCAAAUGUUUAGAUUUCCCUCCUGAGCACAAACAUUCAUUGUUUUAGAUUUAAGAAUUCAUCAUAGCAUUUAUUGUGUGGCUAUGAGAGAAAAAAGGUUUUGUUUAUUUAUUUUUCCAAAGUAAUAUUUUCCUCUGUGUGUCACAUAUUAAUGUUCCUUAAACAUAUAUGAUGCUAAUACCUGCACUGCUUACAUAGACCAAAUGUUAACUUUUUUUUUCUUUUUUUCUUAUGGAAACGGCUUUAGUGGUCGUUUUGUAAAUAUGAAAUAUUAACUAUUAAAAUGAAAGAAAUAUAUAUUAAAUCGGCCAUGCAUACUGGAAGCUACUUGAAUUAGAUGAUCUGCAAAAAGAUGAUUCGUCUUGGUUGAAACAUUUUAUCAAACAGCUGUUUAUCAUUUGUUAAGCCCCUCCUCUGUGAACAGUGAUUAUCCAUUCAUGGCUCAGCAAACAUAACUAGGGCUGCAGGAAGAGAUGCUUUUACAAAACCAGAACUAGCUCAAUAGCUACAGUAGCUAACUAAGCAUUGCCUCCAAAGGCAAGAAGCAUAUCGCUAAUGCUAGCUAAUUUGUGGGGUCAAAGGUUAAGUUAGCAAGCUAGGUAGUAUUUCUGCUGUGUGAUGAUGAUGCAGAUGAUACCUUAUUACAAAUCAUUCAUUGUUACACAAUUUUACUCAAAAACAGUAAUACAGAUUUUUUUCUUUCUUUUUUACACUAUAGUAAUUCUGUAGAGACCUAAGUUAUUGACAUAUUUCUCAGUCCAGUGGCACAAGCCAGCCACCAAGCUAAUAUGUAUGAUUAGCUAAUGUGUGCAGUAAGCUUAAUUGUAUGUAAGCUUAUGUGGACAAUAAACUAAUAUGUACAGUAAGCUUAUGCGAAUGGUAAGCUAAUGGGUACAGUAAGCUAAUGUGAACAGUAACAAUACAUACAGCAACGUUAUGACAUUACAACAUACAGUGUUUCUCAGGCAUUGAUUUCUUUUUGCAACUGCCAAAUUAUCAACAUUGACUGACACAUUGAUUUUUUUACCAUUUCAAAUGGGUAGAAACUUAUUUCAGUGUAGAGCGGCUUGCAGAACAUUGAGCUGUUCAGUUGCUCCUUGCCAGCUCUCACUCUCUUGCUGUUUAUUAGACCAAAACUGAGACAAGUUAAAUGUCAUGGCUAGCUAGCAUCCCUAGGAGGAAUGUAUGAAAGACAUAAUGUGAAUAAAUGUGACUAAAUGUAAGGUGGAUUACACUUUUAAACAUGUCCUUGUCAGUAAAUAUGAUUUCUGCCUGAAUUGUUUCAGAUUUUCAUUGGCAGUGGUGGUUGUUUAACGAUAAAGACAACAAUUCCCAUCAUUCCACACUACUUCUUGACAUCAUCAAAGGCCGUCUUUUGUUAUUGUUUUGAUUGAGAGACCCCUAGUGGCAGAAAUGACAAAACUGACAUAGCAACAAAACUAAGAAGGUGGGGCUUAACAAAUGGUCAAUAGUGACCCUCUAAUCAGCAAUAGUCAUCAACUUAUUUCCAAAAUCAGAAUAACAAAUCAAAUCUGUCUUCAUGGUCUUGUUGAAAAAAUAAGGCAGUUAUGCACACGUUAAAUGCACCUUUAAGUUUUGCAGAUAUCAUGCUGAAUGAUUUUUUUUUAGCUUUAUUCUUUGUGUGAUCUGUCAAAGAAAAUGUAUAAAAUGAAAGCAUUCAUUUAUUAUGAAAUAACCUGUAUCUUACUAAAACUGCAGGCCCAAUUAUCCAAACACAUUUGCCUGAAACUGGGAUGUGAGAUGCAUUUGGAUGUUACCUGGUUUGCACACAGGCUGCACCAAACACUAUGUUCUGUUUCAAAUGUAUUUUAGUGUAAUCAGUGGGAUGUUUCAACCAACAGCCACUGUAUUUUAUACGUUUUUGGAAGGGCAAAAAAUUGAAAACAUUUUUAGUUUGUACAAACCCCUGCCACUGCCAUUGCCUUGAAUAAAUGCUUGCAUCUA